AUGAAGCAGCCGGGAGUGGAGGUUGAUGACGGUGUCCCCACACAGAGAAUGAGGACCAAGCGCUGCUCCUGCAGCAACCGGCUGGACUCUGAGUGCCACUACUUCUGCCACCUGGAUAUCAUCUGGGUCAACACCCCCAGUAAGACAACAGUGUAUGGUCUUGGCAGCGCUCUGUCUCGACGCAGAAGGUCGACCGGACGCUGCACCUGUGCCGGCUCUGAUGAUCAAACCUGCAGAAACUUCUGUCGUCACCGUGCUGAAAUCACGUCCCCAAAAACAUCUGGAAAGAGACUUCAACUCAACAUGUUCAACAUCCUCAGAGCUGCAGCCAGCAGGUCAAAGAGAGCCCAGGAAUCAGCUGAUUCAGGCGAGUCCUCUCGGAGGAUGAACACUCGCUAAACAAUGUGCCAGCUGAGGCAGCGAGAGAGAGAGAGAGAGAAAGAGAGCAGCGAGCACCUGAACAAAUGACACUCCUUUGAUAGGAGCACAAAGGGCUGCUGAAAGAUGGUGUCCGACGCAGGAAGGCCCGGAGCGCCAAAAAGAUGUCUGUUUGUACCCGGGAAAAGAGGGUGGAAAACGUGACAGAGUUCUGCAAACACAUAAUGGAAACAGAUGACGAGGAUCAGCUACUAUCGUAAUAAUAUGAGAUAGCACUGUGCCAGUGGUCAUGUUGGACUUUGUCUGUGUAUCACUGUACUUACAGGCCAGCACUGACAUUGAAAGAUGUAAUAUGCAUACUAUACAUCCAUGUUUGGGGAAUUCCUCACAUACAUGUUGUUAGUAAUCCUUUUAUAAAAUGCAUUUAUAUUUUUUCAUUUUACAGUUUAUCAAAUACUACUUUGUUAUGUGUGACUUUGGGGAUACAUGUUGGGGGAAAAAUGUAGAAUACUGAACUUAAUGUGUAAAUCAAUUUAUCAAACCUGUAUUGCUCAUAACAUCUGCAUAUAUGUACAUGAGAUACAUAGAGAUAGGAAAAUAACUAAACGUAUCCCCCGUUUGUAUUUGUCUUUCUUUCUAAUAUUUGCCCUUCUCGGUC